AUGCCAAGCCCGGAGGGCCCGGAAGGCGGAGGCAAGCCCCUGGCUGCUGGGCCGGAGCAGGAAACCCCGCUGCUGCCGCCGUUGCCCAGCUCAGCGCCCCCCACUCAGGGCGUCCCGAGUGGGGAGCCCCCCGCCUCCUGCGCCAUCUCUGGGGAGAAGCUGUCCUCGGGGGCCCCUGGAGCGAUGAGCGGGGCCGAUGCUGCUGGGGGGUCCGAAGCCGCCCACAGACAGAGGGCGCAACCUCAGGGAGAAGGGUGCCCCCUCCCUCGGAGAGAGGCCAAGGCCGGGAAGAGGCCUCCCUCUCCGGGCUCCGGGAAGCAGAAGCCGUCUACCACGGCCGGCGGGCCAGCCUCCCCGUCACCUCCCUCGGCCCAGACCGCACACAACCUGGUGCCCUGUGGCUCAGGCCGGGGCUCCUGCCACCUGGCCAACCUCCUCAGCACACUGGCCCAGAACAGCCAGAACACGGACCCGAAGAGGCCCCCAGAAGUGACCUGCCAAGCUCGGAAAAAGACUCGAACCCUGUACCGCUCAGACCAGCUGGAGGAGCUGGAAAGGCUAUUCCAAGCAGACCACUACCCCGACAGUGAUAAGCGCCGGGAGAUUGCCCAGACAGUGGGGGUCACCCCCCAGCGCAUCAUGGUAAAAGGGGCCGGCCAGUGUUUCCACGUGACUACGAGAGGACAGUGCGUCCGAGGCUGCCUCCGGGAACCUUUUCUAAAACCAGGCCGUGAGAGGCAGGCGUCUGCCUGCAGCAGGGCGGUGGGUGCAGCUCACCAGGGGACUGGCAGGACCCCUGCCUCAGCCGCUGCCCCCGCUUUUCAAACCCUUCAGUGUCUCUGCCCACAGGUGUGGUUCCAGAACCGCAGAGCCAAGUGGCGGAAAGUGGAGAAACUGAACGGGAAGGAGGGCAAGGGCAGUGCGGCAGCCCCCAGCCCCGCCCCCGGCCCGGCCAGCAGUCAGUGCAGCGCCGGCACUGAGAUGCCACCUGCUGCGCCCAUGGACCCGCAGCUGGGCGCCUUCCCUCAGGAGCCCCCUCUGGACACUCUCCCAGAUCCCCCCAUGCUGCUGACAUCCGACCAGACUCUGGCCCCAGCGCCCCAGACCGAGGGUGCUCAGGGGGUGGCAGUCACCCCACCCCUCUUCAGCCCCCCACCCGUCCGGAGAGCCAGCCUUCCCUUCCCCUUCGGCCCCGUGCACACCCCCCAGCUGACGCCCCUGCUGAUGGAUGCUCUUGGCAGUGACAACAGCCACAAGGAUGGCUUCUGUGGGUCCUGGGGGACAAGUGUCACGCCGCCCCCCACCUGCUCCUUCCUGGAAGAGCUGGAGCCCCAGGACUACCAUCAGGGGCUGUCCCAGGUCUCCCAGGCGCCACAGACCCAGCUCUUCCAGACCCCACAGCCCCAGCUGCCGUACCUGCACCCCUUCACCUUCCCCUCGCCCAGCUCGCUGACGCCGCCGCUACUGGAGGACCCUUUCUUCCCACUGCCCUACGGGCCCGGUGGGGGUGCCUCGCAAAGCUACUUCCCAGCGCCCCCAGGGGGGCAGGUCCUGCUGCAGCCACCUGCCGGGAACCUGGGUACAGUCCCCUGGAGCGACCCUUGCUUGCCAGAACUGCCCUUCCCCGGGCCCUUCUGGCCGCAAACCCUGGGGCAGCCCCCAGGAGCGGACGGGUACUUUCCCGAGGUGUUCCUGGCUCCCUGCGCUCAGGCUGCGACCCCACAGCCCUCUCCGGGGCCCAGCCAGCUGCCCGCGGGAGCCAGACCUGAAGCUGGGCCCUCCCUCAGCAGGGGCCCGGAGGAGCCUCCCCCGCCCCCCGCUGCUGCGGAGCAGCACCCGGCCCCGGAGGAGGGCCCAGAGGAGGACAAGGGCAGCCAGGGCCCCUAGUCCUGGGACCACGCCAGAGGGAGGCAGCUCCAAGGGAGAGGGUUGGGGCACCCCCCCCCCCCCCCCCCCGGGGAGACAGCAGGUGACACCUCAGGAAAGACUGGACUGUGCCUGUGGCCUUCGGCAGAAGUCAGCCACUCCCCCUCUGUGGGC